ACAGAGAAAACAUCAUCUUUUAAAGGUCUAUUUUUUGGGGGUUGCCCUCAACAGAACGGAUUUGGAGACUUUUCAUUAUUUGUUCCAAUUGGGAAAGUGGGUUCUUCAGCCAAUUAUGUAUGCUUCUAAACUGGUUUUGAGAAACCGAUUAUGAGAUGUUAGAUGUGUUUUAGGACAGGAUAAUCAAAUCCAAUGACCACAAUCGGCCUUAUUGACAGAGAGAUGGAUUACAUAUUUACAAUUAUAACAAGUUUUUUUUUUAUUAUGCUAGAGAUAUUUGGAAUUUGUUCCCCAUGGUGGAUCCAGUUCUUCAAUGGCGUUACCAAAGUGCAAUAAUUUCUGCAUCAUAUAAACCACUUAAAAUUUUAAAAUGUACUGAGCUGGGCCUGUAAAUGUGUACGGACAAUAUAACAUUUGAGCCCACAAGAUUCGGUUCGAACGAAUCCACAAUCAGUACCGGUCUGGCAAAACCAGCUCCUGGUGCAGCUGAGUUUCCAUUGAAGAUUCAGGGACAGGGAGGGAGAGGGCACGGCGACGAAGAAGAGAUCAAAGAAGCAGCAGCUUUAGCUAUGGGGGUGGAUUACUACAAGGUCCUUCAGGUGGAUCGCAGCGCAAAAGACGAAGAUUUGAAGAAAGCUUAUCGUAAACUCGCCAUGAAAUGGCAUCCCGACAAGAACCCUAACAACAAGAAAGAAGCCGAGGCCAAAUUCAAGCAGAUCUCUGAAGCUUACGAUGUUCUGAGCGAUUCCCAAAAACGAGCAAUCUACGAUCAGUACGGAGAAGAAGGGCUGAAGAAUCAGGCGCCGCCUCCCGACGCCGGCGUCUUUUCUGACGGUCCGACGUCGUUUCGGUUCAACCCCAGAAACGCCGACGACAUCUUCUCCGAGUUCUUCGGUUUCUCACGGCCCUUCGGCAUGGGUGGCGGCGACUCCCGCUCCGGCCCGUCCGGGUUUCGUUUCGGCGACGAUAUCUUUGCGCCGUUCAGGUGUUCGGCCGGUGAAGCCUCCAAUGCGCCGAGAAAAGCUGCGCCGAUAGAGAGGCAGUUGCCUUGUAGCUUGGAGGAUCUGUACAAGGGAAUCACCAAGAAGAUGAAGAUUUCACGGGAUGUCAUCAAUUCUAGUGGGAGACCCACGACAGUCGAAGAGAUAUUGACGAUAGAAAUCAAGCCCGGGUGGAAGAAAGGGACGAAGGUAACGUUCCCGGAGAAAGGAAACGAGCAGAGGGGAAUCAUACCGUCUGAUCUCAUCUUCAUCAUAGACGAGAAGCCACAUGCUGUGUUCAAACGAGAUGGGAACGACCUCGUUGUCACACAGAAGAUCUCUCUGGCCGAGGCCCUCACUGACUACACGGUCCAGGUCACGACACUGGACGGAAGAACACUGACGAUACCUGUCAACAGCGUGAUCAGCCCUUCGUAUGAAGAGGUGGUGAAGGGGGAAGGCAUGCCAAUUCCAAAGGACCCAUCGAAAAAAGGGAACUUGAGAAUCAAAUUCAGCAUCAAGUUCCCGUCGAGGUUAACGGGUGAGCAGAGAACAGGAAUCAAACGGCUGUUAACGCCGUAGCCGCCCGGGAUUGGAUCUGAGUUAAUAACAGAUUCAGUCUCUCGGCAGAGAGAUUGAUUUCGGUUUUUUGGUCAGUUGGCUUAGGCGCAGAGAGAGAAGAGCAACUGGGUUUGGCUGUAGGAACUGUUAUUGUUUUCUUGAAUCUGGCAAAAGAGGCAUAUCUGCUUGCUUGCUUCUGUAUUUUACAGAGAUUUUCCCUUCACGCUCUGGCUCGGUUAGAAAAUUUCCAAACCUUCCGGUUCA